AUGUCUAUACCGCAGAAGCCUUUGACGAUCUUUUGUCUUUCUGGUACUUUCAUCACCUCAACAUUCUUAGCAUUUCUCACGCACGAUUCUCAUCCUGUUGGACCUCAAAGCAUGUCGUUCACUAUCGAAAUCGCAGCUGGAGUCAAGCCUAACGACCGUAGCGAGCUAUCGAGCGGUCUUCACUUCUCUCGCCACCCUAAAUCAGUCUACCGACCAACCGACGUAGUCUCGGGACAAUUGCCAUCGCUGUCUCAAUUACCCGAUGUGCCUGCUCUCUCCACUGAGGAUGUGGACGUUGGAGACACAACUCGAUCAGAGGAGGUGGAGAAAGGUGAAAGAGAUAAGCCCUACGCCGAACAGACUCUCGAACGAACUGCUCGAGCUUCUACUCUCACACCCCUUUUAGGAAAAUCGGGGGAGGCCUACGGAGACAUCGCUCCUAAAAAGAACAUCAUAACGAUUACUGGAUACUUGCACGACGGUCAUUUAUGGGAUUUCUGGUCGGCUGAGCAUCCUCAGCUUGGGUCCAUUGUCCUCAAAGUGAUAUUCACCCCUUGUCAUCCUUGUCGAGAUCCAGAUCUGGACGAUUACGUUCCAUAUGAGGAGAUCCUUCAAGAAGCAUUGAAGGAAGAACGAUGUUAUACGGACCCGUUGAAGCAACUUCAAGGAACGGUAGUGCCAAAGUACUACGGGUUAUAUACGUCUGGGAAGAAGGAUAGAUAUCUUGCCAUUAUAUUGGAACAUGCUGGACAGUCACUCGGCUCAAGGUAUCUCAUCAUACCUGAAGAGUGGCAGCUCAAAAUCUACGAAGCCUACAAACGAAUCCAUCUGCAAGGCGUCUUGCAUCAUAAUCUCGACGGUCGGCAUAUUCUGAAUCAAGAUGAAAGAGUCCGAUUGGUCAGUUUCAGCCGGUCUCACAUCCAAGAUGUGAAGGAUCCCGCUCAUGUCAAAAGGCUUCUUAAAGAGGCGUCUAAUGUGAGAGGAGGUUUUGGUUUCAGAUCUGGGGAGGAGUUAAACUUAAACAAGGCCUCUCCUGACUAUUGGGCCGCACUUCCCGAUCCUGCGGCGUUCAAAAAUACGUUAGAUCGAGCAGCUCAAAGAUAG